AUGCGCGUGGGACUGAACUGCGGGAACGACGGCAUUGCUGAGCGCGACUGGUACGGAGUUGCGCCAGAUGCUGGGCAGAAGAGAAGAGGACUCGACUCUCCCUUCUCCUUUCCUUCCAAAGGUACAAUUGACUCUGUGGUGGUGAUGGCGUUGCUCUCAUCGAUAUUGGCGCUCCGCCGAGAUGCCCGCAUUCUCAAGAUCCCACCUUACCUUUCGGCGCUGUGUCUCAUUGUUGGCAUAGCAUGGCUGCUCGUCCUUCCUCUGAAUGAAUAUUCGCGCGGGACCUACAUUUCCGAAAAUGCUCUCUUACCAGGUCAAGUACACACAUACUUCGGUGGCAGCGAGCACAAUGUCUUUCGUGCCUAUCGCCAUGAAGUCUUUGGGCUGAUUGAUAAGCCUGUGGAAGAGCGCUCUCACAAGCUUGAGACCAUUUUCAAGGAACAGAACCUCAAGGUUGCUACUCAAAAGUACAACUUUACCGUUUCCAACCGCACAAUCGCGAAUGAGAAUGUGUACGCCAUCCUCCAGGGCCCUCGCGCUGACGCUACCGAGGCAAUUGUCCUCGUCGGAGCAUGGAGGAACAUGGACAAUGAGAUCAACAACUCUGGGGUAGCUCUGGUUCUCACACUGGCUCGAUACUUCAAACGAUGGAGUCUGUGGAGCAAGGACAUCAUUUUUCUAGUCUCUGGAGACAGUACCAUAGGUCCUCAAGCUUGGGUGGACGCCUACCAUGAUGCACACGAUGAGCGCUACGUCGAGGGACUCAAGAUCAAGAGUGGAGCCCUUCAAGCAGCUGUCGCGGUCGACUACCCCGCAGGGCCUUGGGGUCAUCGAUAUGAAAAGCUCCACAUUGUGUACGAUGGGGUCAAUGGCCAGCUCCCCAAUCUGGAUCUUUUCAAUACAGCGGUGCAGAUCGCAUCCGGGCAGAUGGGCAUUGCUUGUGGCAUACAGAACAUGUGGAGACACAACGACGCAUACAAGGUGCGACUGGAGACCAUGUUUCGAGGCAUGCUAUCGCAGGGUAUGGGUUACGCAACCGGGCCGCAUUCAUCAUUCAUCCCAUACCACGUCGACGCCAUUACUCUACAAACGGUCGGUGAUGGCUGGCACGACGAGAUAUCACUUGGGAAGACGGUCGAGUCUCUGUUUCGCAGCUUGAACAACCUGCUGGAGCAUUUCCACCAAAGCUUCUUCUUCUACCUCUUGCUCCAUUCGAACCGCUUCGUCAGCAUCGGGACCUACCUUCCCUCGGCUAUGCUUAUCGCUGUCAACUUCAGCAUCGCGGCUAUCGCACUUUGGGUACAGAGCGGAAGAUCCACAGAGCCUAUCGCCAACCCUGCAUCCACCGCACCAAAAGACAAGAUCUCCGACAAGCCAGCCUCAACCUCUAGCGAGAACCCAUCAACAUCUGCCGCUGCAGAUCCUGGAACCGUUAAAGAACCUCCCAACCCCCCUUCCCCAGCUGUCGAGGUCAUUAAAAAAGACGGCGCCGUCUCCAUUGUCCCCAAAUCCCUAACCACAGUUUCAGAACGCCACCUCCUCCUCCCCCUCGCCUUCGUCCUCGUCCUCCACUUCGCCGGCCUCAUCCCCCUCUACGUCUUCAACCACUGGGACGAAGACCACCUGCAAGGCCUCUUCCUAACCGCCGCUAACAUCACCGUCGUCAUCCCCAUAGGCAUCGCAUUCGUCUUCUUCAACAACCGGCCCCUCUCCACUCAGGAAACAACCCUGAUCCAAUGUUUCUCCCUCCUCCUCCUCGGCGUCUUCCUCGCCGUCCUCGCCACCCUCAACUUCUCCCUCAGUUUCUUGGUCGGCGUCAGUUGUAUCCCGUUUAGCUUCAUCAGGCGGACGGGCAGUCUGGGCUUGAAUGUAGCCUUGUUGGGCCUCAUGGCGCUGCUGAAUCCUUUGCUGGUCAUGCAUGCGGCUACCUAUUUGCUGGGCGGCAAUAUGGCUUUGAUUCUGGAAAAGGCGGCGCAGGGAUGGCAUAUUUGGGGUCUGUGGACCCAGGUUGUGGUGUUUUUGGUCUGGUUGCCGGCUUGGGCGAUUAAUACUAGUGUGAUUGCGACGGGAGCUUUUGAGUAA